AUGGGUGAACCACAGUCGGCACUUCUCCUCAGAAAACAACUUGCCGAAUUGAAACGAGUUCCUGUCGAUGGCUUUUCAGCUGGUCUGCAAGGAGAUGACAUAUAUAAGUGGGAAGUUCUCGUUAUUGGACCACCUGACACUCUUUACGAAGGCGGAUUUUUCAAAGCUUUAUUGGAAUUUCCUAAAGAUUAUCCACUAUUACCGCCUAAAAUGAAGUUCAUCUCCGAAAUUUGGCAUCCAAACAUUGAUAAAGAAGGAAAUGUUUGUAUAUCGAUACUGCAUGAACCAGGAGAUGAUCGAUGGGGUUACGAAAAGCCAGAAGAAAGGUGGUUGCCUGUGCAUACAGUAGAAACUAUUCUUCUUUCGGUGAUAUCAAUGCUUGCGGAUCCAAACCAUGACUCACCUGCAAAUGUAGAUGCUGCGAAGAUGCAACGAGAAAAUUUUCCUGAAUUCAAGAAACGUGUUGCAGCCUGCGUUCGGAAAAGCCAAGAAGAGGGAUGUUAA